AUGCCAAGCAACCGCUGCAUGGCAGUACAGCAAGCUGCUAGCCUGAAGAGAAAACUGGAAAAGAACAAUGUUUUCCUGAAAGAUUACAAAGAUUUCAUGAAAAGCAUACUGGAGAAAGGCUACGCUGAUGAAGUUCCUGAAAAGCAGAUUGACCGUGAUGAUUACAGGGUCUGGGGGUCGUCACUGGGGCUGCCGGACCGGAGCGACUCGGACAACCAGCGGCGGCUGCUGCCCCCCCUCAACCCCUCUCAACCCCUCUCACCCCCCAGAGAGGCCUUUACGUUGGCUCCUACUUGUGAGGAAAGAGGACACGGUGAAGAUCAACUUUUGGACUUGUGUACUGAUGAAACUGAGCGUGUGGUACAGGAAACAUCUCAUAGCAACAUUUCAGUUGAAAGCACCACUGUAGUUGAACUAAACAAUGACCACCAGCUUCUCCCUCACAACUCUCAUGAAUCAGCAUUUGAGACUUGUACAAGAGUCCAUAGUGAUGAGAAACCUUUUUCGUGCAAAACAUGUGGAAAAGGUUUCAAAUAUAGUAGCAUCUUAAAAAUCCACAUGAGAGUUCACACUGGGGAAAGGCCAUAUUCCUGCAUCACCUGCGGGAAAACAUUCACUGAGACAUCACAUUUGAAGACACAUUUAAGAGUUCAUAGUGGGGAGAAGCCAUUUUCCUGCAUCACUUGUGGGAAAACAUUCUCUCAGACAUCACAUUUGAAGUCUCAUACACAAAUCCAUACUGGGGAGAUGCCAUAUUCCUGCAUCACUUGUGGGAAAACAUUCACUAUGAAAUCACAUUUGAAGACACAUUUAAUAGUUCAUAGUGGGGAGAAGCCAUUUUCCUGUAUAACCUGCGGGAAAACAUUCUCUCUGGCAUCAACUUUGAAGGCUCAUACACGAAUCCAUACUGGGGAGAAGCCAUAUUCCUGCAGCAUCUGUGGGAAAACAUUCACUGACACAUCAAAUUCAAAUCAUCAUAUAAGAAUCCAUGUUCACGAGAAGCAGUUUUCUUGCACCACCUGCGGGAAAACAUUCUCUCAGAAAUCAUCGUUGAAGUCUCAUAUAAGAAUUCAUACUGGGGAAAAGCCAUAUUCCUGCAUGACCUGUGGGAAAACAUUCACUAAGAAUUCAACUUUGAAACGUCAUAUAAGAAUACACAGUGGGGAAAGAAGUUCUACUGACUCAAUUGUCCACAUGAGAAGAAAUCACAAAGGUGAAACAUCAUAGAUGCAACUCUGGUGAGGAAAUAGUCUGAGCAAUUUUUCCGAUUAAAAAGACUAAACUAAAUAUAAUGUAGAGUAGGAGGAAGACAUCAACCAAAUUCUUGGGUUGUGGGAUAAUAUUUGGAAACCCGACAGAAUAAGUGUGUAAAAUGUAUUGUAAGAGCCCAAAGUGUGUAUGUUGUUUAAUUGGACCUUCUCAUGUUAAGGACAUAUAUUUUAUAUACACUCACCUAAAGGAUUUUUCGGAACACCAUACUAAUACUGCGUUUGACCCCCUUUUGCCUUGUGAACUGCCUUAAUUCUACGUGGCAUUGAUUCAACAAGAUGCUGAACACAGUCUUUAAAAAUGUUGGCCCAUAUUGAUAGGAUAGCAUCUUGCAGUUGAUGGAGAUUUGUGGGAUGCACAUCCAGGGCACGAAGCUCCUAUUCCACCACAUCCCAAAGAUGUGGUAACAAGGCAUGAUGGAUCCAUGUCCUCAUUCUGUUUACGCCAAAUUCUAACUCUACCAUUGUUACGUGCCUUGGCCUGCUUGUGGGAGGGGGUGUGUGUGUAUGUUUUGAUUUUGUGUUCGCACAGGUGUUCUGACACACCCACCAGGCAAUAAUCUCCCCUGCCAGCUCCCACCUGCAGCCACUAAUCACCCUCACCCACAGCCAAUCAACUGCAGGAUGUAGAGGCUUAAAGGAGGUCGAGGAGAGACAAGAAGGGGAGAGCUGUUGGAGAGAGAGAGAGCCGAAGGAUUGUUGUUAAACAGAACUUUUGGGAACGAAUGAACAAACUUGUGUUUUGAGCAGAGCGGUGUUCAAGGGACGUUUCUUUUGUUUUGUGUACGUUGGUGUUUGAACCUUGAACUGGUCAAGGUUAAGUUAUUUUUGUUAUUCUGUCUGUGUUCAUCCCAUUGUUUGUACUAUUCCGUUUUUUGUUUCUUCAGUUGUCCCAGGGAAAAGGGGGCUGCACAAUGGGAGUGUGUAGGUAAGAGACCCUGGGGUUUACAUGCUAUCCGUAGAUAAACCUCUGUCUAUACACACUAGGUAAGAUCUGGGAGGACCACCCCCUGUAUUUUUCAGAGAGUUUAGCAGGUUGUGUUUGGACUAGGUAGAGUGGGGGUCUUUUUCAGUGUUUAAUUUCUUUGCUUUGGUUCCGCUCAGCCCCUUUUC